UGAUUCACCUGGAUCUUGCCAUUUCUCUCUCUACCGUUAUCUGUCUUCACUUCUUUUUUCUUUUUCUUUUUCAAAUUUUCUCCUCUCAUUUCUUGGAUUUUGUCAACUGUUUUCUGCUCAUGGUUUUUAAUUUGAUUGCUUAAAUUGUGAUGGGUAUUUGUUAUUCGAAGAUUGACAACAAGGAUGCUGAAUGGCCAGGCGAAAAUGAGUAUGAUAAGAAGAUAAAUUUGAAGUUAAAGAAGAGCAGCUCAGGUGAGUUUGCAGCAUUUAUUAGCAAGUUAAGUGGUGGUGGCGCGGUAGUCACAGCAGCGGAGGAGCCGGCGCUACACCAGAUUCAGGGCCGGCUUUUCUCCAAUGGCUCAAACAGCAUAUCCUGUUUGUACACUCAACAAGGAAAGAAAGGAACCAAUCAGGAUGCCAUGAUCGUUUGGGAGAAUUUUUGUACGAGAAGCAACACAAAUGCAAUAUUUUGCGGUGUGUUUGAUGGACAUGGCCCUUUUGGUCAUAUGGUUGCAACGAAAGUUCGGGACUCUCUUCCUCUCUUGCUGCGUGAAGAGUGGGAAGCCAAAUCCGAUAGCAAACAAAUUUCUGCAGGCGAGAAUGGGAACCAUGCAGGAAUGAUUCGUUUUGAUGAGUUCAUGGAUGGUGAUGGAUUUGAUUCAAUUGAAGUUGACGAUAAUGACAAACUCCCCGAGAUGCACGUGCCACUUAAGAUGUCAAUAUUAAAAGCUUUCAAGUUAAUGGAUAAUGAACUGAAUUUGCAUCCUUCAAUUGAUUGUUUUUGUAGUGGUACAACGGCAGUUACUUUGAUAAUGCAGGGUCAGGAUCUCAUAAUUGGAAACAUUGGUGACUCAAGAGCAGUACUAGCAACAAGAGAUAAGGACAAUUCUUUGAUGGCUGUACAGUUAACUGUAGAUUUGAAACCCAAUCUUCCAAAAGAGGCUGCUAGGAUCCAGAAAUGUAAAGGAAGGGUUUUCGCAUUGCAAGAUGAGCCUGAAGUUGCACGUGUGUGGUUGCCCAAUAGUAACUCACCUGGUCUGGCGAUGGCCCGAGCAUUUGGUGACUUUUGUUUGAAAGAUUUUGGUUUAAUUUCUAUCCCAGAUGUUUAUUACCACAACAUCACUUUGGAAGACGAGUUUGUUGUUCUCGCCACUGAUGGGGUAUGGGAUGUCCUCUCCAAUAAGGAAGCCGUGGACAUUGUGGCCUCGGCUCCUGGUCGUGCAACGGCUGCCAGAGCUCUUGUAGACUGUGCAACUAGAGCAUGGAGACUCAAGUACCCGACAUCAAAGAAUGAUGACUGCGCCGUUGUAUGUCUCUUCCUGCAACAAGUAUCUGUUGCUAAUGUGGCUAAAGCACAAAACAAUAGCGCAACAGCAUCAGAAGUGGAAAGGAAGGUCUCUAGAGAAGGAGGCUCAAAUAUUGACGUUGUAGCUUCUUGUGCUGAUCUUCUUGUACAUUCAGAUAACGCGAAAGAGUCCGGGGCUAUUGUGACUAAAGCACAAAAUAAUGUCACUAGGGACUUGGAAGUAGAAAUGAAAAAUGUCCCUAAUGGAGGGAAUUUUGAGGGCUCAAAUAUUGACGUUGUGGCUUCUUUUGCUGAUCUUGUACAUUCAGAUAACGCCAAAGAGUCCGGGGCUAUAGUGGCUAAAGCACAAAAUAAUGUCGCUAGGGACGCGGAAGUAGAAACGAAGAAUGUCCCUAAUGGAGGGAAUACUGAGGGCUCAAAUAUUGAUGUUGAAUCUUCUCGCGCAGAUCUUCUUUUACAUUCAGAUAACAUUCUAGAGACUGGAGCUAAUAUGGCUAAAGCACAAAAUAAUAUCAGUACAGAC